AUGAGGGCUCCUCUUGUCACCUUGCUGGCUGCUGUCCUCUGUGUGGAACAAGUUUAUCCAUUCAUGUGCUACACCUGCCAAGAGCAGGAGUCCAACAAGGACUGUUUGACCAUUUCCAUGUGUGCCGAGGAGGACAAACACUGCGUGACCAUCCGGAAGGACGUCGGGACAAAGCCCAACAAGCCUAAAUACAUCAUCUCCAAGAUGUGCUCUCCGACAUGUCCAGAAACCGGUCAGCAACAAACCCAAAGCUCCCAGAACAUUUCCUGCUGUGAGAAACCCUUGUGCAACGUGAACGGAGUCAGCGGCAGGCAGAGCAGCCACGGGGUGAUGUCCCUGGGCGUCCUGGCCAGCGUCGCUUACAUCUUUGCAUACGGAUUGUGA